AUGCCGAAGCUACUCAUUUCACUAGCCAUUUUGUACUUACUAGUUUUAGUCAAGAGUCAUAGAAAAACGACAAUAUUGGAAAAUAAUUAUGCCAUAUCGAUAUACGACAUGGGUAAACUCAUCGACUAUGAGCACUACCUGCUGAAUAUCUUACAGAAGUUUGCAAAUGCACUGCAGCAAAGAGUGGACACAAUAGAAUACUACUUGAAUAUGACUGAUAACGAUCGAGACAAGAAACUUUCCGAAGAUCCUAUUAAACAUUUUCGGAUCACUCGCCGCUUGUACUCCGAUUACCUAAACUGGAUGUGGUUUAUGGAGGAGCAGCCAUGGGAGACUCUUGUUAAUGAUAUAAUUGCCAUUGCACCGCAAAUGCCAACAUUACAGGACAUUGAGGAGGCCAUCAGAGGAUUGAGACUCAUUCAGUGGACUUAUUCACUCCCAACUGCCGAAAUGGCCAAGGGAGUUCUUCAGGACAUCCAUCACAAUACAUCGCUGGAUGGAAUGCAGUGUAUUACGAUUGCCAGGCACAUGGUCAAAAAUAAGGACUUUAUUCGUGCCAAGGAGUGGUUGAUGGUGGGUUUGAAGAUGUACGAGGCAGAUGAAGAAAUCGAAUAUAUCUAUUCCCAACUCGGAAUGCCCUUGGUCGAUUUCUACGAGCUUUUCGUGGAGAUCCAAGAUAACCUAGGCCUUCGAUUUUUGGCCAUGAGUGAGCUGCAACUCGCUAUUAGGAAUUGGCCGGAAAAGGUCAGUCUGCAAAGAGCCCUUUCUCGGCUAAAGAUUAAUAUUCGUAUUGGCAAGGAGUCAGCGAAAAAGAAGGAGAAGUCCAAAGGAGUUUAUAAGAAAUGCUGCAGUUCGGAAUGCCGACCUACCACGAAGCUUUAUUGCUUGUACAACACCACAGCUUCGUAUUUCCUUCGAUUGGCCCCUCUGAAGAUGGAACUACUGUCCCUCGAUCCCUACAUGGUGCUCUUUCAUGAUGUAGUUUCUGACAAGGACAUUGUCAGCAUUAGGAAUAUGGCUAAGGGUAGACUUGUACGAGCCGUUACCGUGAGUAAGGACGGAAACUAUACAGAGGACCCCGAUCGCACCACCACGGGCACAUGGCUAGUUGAGAAUAGCAAACUGAUCCAGAGAUUGUCGCAACUGACACAGGACAUGACCAAUUUCGAGAUCCACGACACGGACCCUUUUCAGGUUUUGAACUACGGAAUAGGCGGGUUCUACGGAAUCCACUUAGACUUUUUAGGAGAAGCAGAAUUGGACAACUUUUCGGAUCGCAUCGCCACAGCCGUGUUUUAUUUGAGUGACGUUCCCCAAGGUGGGGCCACAAUAUUCCCGAAACUCGGACUCUCUGUGCUCCCCAAGAAGGGCUCAGCACUUCUGUGGUACAAUCUUGAUCACAAGGGUGAAGGUGAUAAUAGAACAGCCCACUCAGCUUGUCCCACAGUAGUGGGUUCUAGAUGGGUCAUGACCAAGUGGAUAAAUGAAAGGGAACAAAUUUUUAGGAGGCCAUGUCUGACAAGCAUUUAGAAUAUUGAAUAAUAAAAACUAUAAAAAAGGUGGAAAUAUAAUUGAGAGAGGUUUC